AUGAUGACUUUAAAAGCGAGUAAUACAUCUUGUUCUUAUGUAUUGCACGCUCAUUUUUUAUUUCUUUUGCCUGUUUAUUUAUUUACUUAUUUUUUUGCUCGUAGUUCUCCCAAAAGUCUUGGAAAAAAAAAAAAGGCAUUCAUUUCUUCUCUCGUCACUGAAACAGCCGUAGGACAGAAGGCUUGCUGGAGGGUUGUGGUAGCGGCGGGGGGAAAAUGCCGUACGUUGCGAACGGCAGGGUCGUUGACUCGAAGCCGUUUAGUCUCGUCGACUUUUUUCUCUCCAUUCUGCGUCUCAUGUGGCUGUUUUUUGCCACUCUUGUUUCCUCCGAGCCCGUCUCGCAACACGUGCAGGAGUACAGAUCAACAACGCGAAUUGUUCCUUUCGGUGGUGGUCGCAGCGUUGGUCACGCUCCGCGUGGGCCCAACAUUCACGGACUUCCAAAGGGCUCACUUACCGGCGGAUGUGCCACUGGCUGACGUUAAGCAGCGUGCGAGUUGGAUAACCAACACAUCCACGCACCCACAGGGCACAGCCAACUAUGCAUGUUGUGGUGGAUAA